AUGUACGCUGUGUUGCAGCGGCUGCGACGUGUCCUCGGCCUCGACGGACACGCAGGGGUGCAAAUUGACAUGAUUGACAUGUGCUCCGCCCUCUACUUUCCCCCAGGGUUCUACUACCCUGCGGGUUAUGAGAGGAACGGGGAGUGCAACGAUGUUAGUCUGCGGAUGGACUCGGAGUUCGACCAUGGGGAGGAUCUCAUAAUGGCGGUGGAGGAGGUCCUCCAUAGCGUCCAAAAGAAGCCUGAAAAUAUUUAUAAAGAAAAACUGGAGUCAGUAAUCAAGGAGCUGGAGGACAAAAUCAUCUCUCUGGUGAAGAAUGAGCUGAAGAUAUUUAAGAAUCUACUGAGCUCAGAUUUCCCAGCAUGCACUGAGAGACAGGUGGAGGAUGAGGAGGAUCAGCGCAUUGUCAGAGAGGGGGCGCUGAAGAUCACACUGCACAUCCUGAGGAACAUGAACCAGAUAAACCUCGCUAACACACUACUGAACAAACUGGCCCCUGCUUGCCACAGAAAGCUCAAAUCCAAACUGAGGGACAAAUGUCAGAAAAUUCAUGAAGGAAUCUCACAGCAGGGAACCACAGCACUUCUGAAUGAGAUCUACACAGAGCUCUACAUCACAGAGUGUGGGAGUGGAGAGGUCAAUAAUGAACAUGAGGUGAGACAGAUUGAGACAGCAUCCAGGAGACCAGCAUCACAGGGGACACCAAUCAAAUGCAAUGACAUCUUUAGACCCUUACCAGGACAAGACAAAGACAUCAGAACUGUGCUGACUAAAGGAGUGGCUGGAAUUGGUAAAACAGUCUCUGUGCAGAAGUUCAUACUGGACUGGUCUGAAGGAAAUGUAAAUCAGGAUGUUCUCUUCAUAUUUCCACUUCCUUUUAGGGAGCUGAAUUUAAUGAAAGAGAAAAAUCUCAGUCUGAUGGAGCUUCUUCAUCACUUUUUCCCAGAAACAUGUGAAUUAAAACCUAAACAUUAUACAAACUAUAAAGUUCUGUUCAUCUUUGAUGGUCUGGAUGAGCAUCGACUUCCUCUAGAUUUCCAGAAUAAUGAGAAAUUGUGGGAUGUAACAGAGUCCACCUCAGUGGAUGUGCUGCUGACAAACCUCAUCAAGGGGAAUCUGCUUCCCUCUGCUCUCCUCUGGAUAACCUCUCGACCAGCAGCAGCCAAUCAGAUCCCUCCUGAGUGUGUUGACCAGGUAACAGAGGUACGAGGGUUCAGUGAACCACAGAAAGAGGAGUAUUUCAGGAAGAGAAUCAGUGAUCAGGGCCUGGCCAAUAGAAUCAUCACACACAUGAAGUCAUCAAGAAGUCUCUACAUCAUGUGCCACAUUCCAGUCUUCUGUUGGAUUGCAGCCUCUGUUCUAGAGAGAAUGUUGGGUGAAGCAGAAAGUGGAGAGAUCCCCAAGACUCUGACUCAGAUGUUCACACACUUCCUGAUCUUUGACAUUAAUUACAAGAACCAAAAGUAUGAUAAAAAAAGUCCCACUCAUCCAUACCACACAAAAGAACAUGUUCUGGCACUGGGAAAAUUGGCUUUCGAACAGCUGGAAAAAGGAAACCUGAUUUUCUAUGAGGAAGACUUGAGAAACAGUGGCAUUGAUGUCAGAGAAAUGUCAGUGUAUUCAGGAUUGUGCAUGCAGAUCUUCAGCGAGGAGUUUGAGCUACAGCUGGGGAAGGUGUUCAGCUUUGUACAUCUGAGUGUUCAGGAGUUUCUGGCUGCUUUAUAUGUGUUUAUUUCCUUCAUCUCCACCAACACCAAUGUGCUACAACAGCAACACCCUGGAUUGCUCAGUUUUUUCAAAACCCCAAUGUCUCUCUUCCUCAACAGUGCAGUGGACAAGGCCUUACAGAGUCAAAAUGGACACCUGGACCUUUUCCUUCGCUUCCUUCUGGGUCUGUCACAGGAGUCCAAUCAGACUCUCUUACGGGGCCUACUGACACAGUCAGGAAGCAGCUCUCACAGCAAAGAGGAAACAAUCAAGUACAUCAAGGAGAAGAUCAGGGAGAAUCCCUCUCCAGAGAAAUCCAUCAAUCUGUUCCACUGUCUGAAUGAACUGAAUGAUCAUUCUCUAGUGCAGGAAGUCCAAACAUACCUGAACAGAGGAGGUAAACGUCAUCUCCCUGGAGCCAGACUCUCUCCUGCUCAGUGGUCAGCUCUGGCGUUUGUGUUGCUGAACUCAGAAGAGGAGCUCGAUGAGUUUGACCUGAGGAAAUAUGACCCAUCAGAGGAAUAUCUACUGAGACUGCUGCCAGUGGUCAAAGCAUCCAGAAAAGCCAUGUGA